AUGGAUGCAUUCUAUGUACGGUUAAAAGAUGGAAAGGAUGCGAGUUCAGGGAGGGUAGAAAUUUCCAAAGACAAAGCUAAUUGGGGAACAAUAUGUGAUGAUUUCUGGGAUAAUGAUGCAGCUACAGUUGUAUGUCGACAGCUUGGAUUUACCUGGGGUAUAGCCCAUUCAUUAGCCCACUUUGGGCAGGGCAAAGGUCAGAUAUAUUUAGAUGAAGUUAUUUGUAAAGGACACGAGACAUCGCUGGACGAAUGUCUGACUAAUCCGUGGGGAGUACACAACUGUAAUCACCAGGAAGAUGCUGGCGUCUCCUGUUUCAACGUUACUUCACAGUUGCGCUAUGCCAAAAAUCAAACAAAUGUUGGACUGGUGGAGGUUAGUGGACCAAAGGGUUGGUCCGAGGUGUGUCAUCAUGGAUGGGACGAUAUUGACGCUGGCGUCAUUUGCAGAGAACUGGGUUAUGUCUCUGGUAAAGCAAUAACAAAUGCAACGAGAGGAUCUAUUGGAAUAUCUCUGGGAUUUUCUGAUGCCUUCUACAAAUUUAAAUGCUCAGGAAAAGAGAAGAGGUUGUUGAAUUGCUCUUACUCAGACUAUUAUUGGCAGAGCUGUGUUGAUGGAAGUUUAGCUGGGGCUGUGUGCUACAAUACAUCAUUAAAUAAUGUUGGCAUGAAUUUUGAUGUAAGAAUUGUAGAUGGUGGGGAAGCAUGGGGUCGUGUUGAAGUCAAGCAUCUUGGUGUGUGGGGUCAUGCCUGCUCUUCUGAAUGGUCCAAUGUAGAAGCCACAGUAGUGUGUCGUAGUAAAGGAUUCAUUGGUGGAGUAGUAUUUGGUACCAAACAUCAACCAGAUAAAGUUGCGUGGGUCAGUGGUUUAAAGUGCACAGGGAAGGAAACAUCUCUUUAUUACUGUAAAAGUUCUUCUUGGUUUCAUCCAGUGUUUUGGUGCCCUGCUGUUUCUGUGCUGUGUUAUAAAAAGGAAGCCCCUAAAAUGAGUAUUGUAGGAGGUGGACAGACAGGGCGUGUAGAAAUAACUUAUGAUGGACAAACAGGGUCUGUCUGUAAUAAAUACUGGUCCAAGACUAAUUCUAGAGUUCUGUGUAAAGAGAAGGGGUUUGCUGACGGAGAAACAACUAAUUUGGGGAAUGGUGGAACAGGAAAUGUCUUCCUUAGUGGUGUUAUAUGUACAGGAGUAGAGAAAUCCAUCCUAAUGUGUAACAAUUCAGGAUGGGGUGUAGCUGAUGAUGAAUGCUCUAAUAAUAAAAGAGAUGUAGAAGUAUUGUGUUAUACAGAUGUCAGAUUGUUACAGUCAAGUAGACCUGAUAAUGGUGUUGUGAAUAUCUUUGUAACCUCUGAACAAAGCUGGUUUGAUAUUUGUCUGAGUGGAUUUGGAAUGUUUGAAUCACGACUUGUUUGUAAGGAGCUAGGUUAUAAUAAUGGAACAGUCCUGCCACAGGGAAGUUUUGGAAAGUACAACAAAUAUCCUCUAACAAAGAUAAGCUGUAAAGGAACAGAAGAUUCUAUAUUUAAAUGUAAUUUCCAAACAAAAAAAGUUUGCAGUAACAAAUAUUUUGGAUAUGCAGCUGUCAGUUGUUACAAUGGAAGUUCUGAUACUGUGGUAAAAGUGAACAUAGGACUGGAAUCAGAAGGUGGUCUUCAUAGUUAUGGAGCUGUUUCUGUCCGAGCCUUCAACACAUGGGGACAAGUGUGUUCUUCCUUCUGGGACGACAAAGCAGCUAAUGUUCUGUGUAAGACUAAGAGAUACACAGGAGGUGUGGCUACUGUCUAUCAUAAGCCUUCCUCUGUUCCUGUACUGGUGUCUGAGUACCAUUGCUUUGGGAAUGAAAGUGAUUUCUCCCAAUGUAAAGGAGAUACUGGUGUAUGUUACAGUUCAUCAGUGGCAGGGGCCAUUUGUUAUACUAGUUUUGCACCCAGUACAUUGUUGGAAGGUGGAGGGACCAACUAUGGUAGAGUUAUCAUCCGUAUAGACGAUGAAUUAGGAUCUGUUUGUGACAAUAAAUGGGGUCAACAAGAGGCUACAGUGGUUUGUAGGAGUAUGGGAUUUAAUUCUGGAGAACCUAUGGUGGUAAAGCCUGGUAAAAAGCCUGCUUUCCUGUCUAACAUUUGGUGUACUGGUACUGAGACAUCACUAUUAGGAUGUUCUAGUUAUGGCUAUAGAGUUCUCAAUAUACCAGAUUGUAAAGAUCAUGUAGGGGUCUAUUGCUGGAAGAAUGUGAAACUGUUAGAUGGUAAAAAAGGAACAGGUUACAUUACAGGAAGAGUAGAAGUGUUAAUUCAAAACAAAUUUUACAGUAUCUGUGCCACCAACUUUACCCAGGCUAGUGCUGAUAUUGUCUGUCGAGAUAUAGGCUUCGAUAAAGCUAGGAUUCUAGGACCAGGAUCAUUUGGAUUCCUCAAAUCCUUUGGUACUACUUACAAUGUGGACUGUAAAGGAACUGAGAAGACCUUAAGUGAUUGUAAGAUGACUGUGACUACAAAAUGUAACUCAGUUACUGUCAACUAUGCCAGUCUGCUGUGUAUAAACGGUAGUUUUGUACCUGAGAAGAAGUUCUAUAUAUCAGAUGGUUACCAUGGGUCUGUUUUGGCUGAACAGUAUGGUAUGAAUGGUACAAUCUGUACUGAAGGCUGGGAUGACAAGGAUGCCAACGCUUUCUGCCAUAUGGUUGGUUACAAAGGGGGUGUUGUCUUUGGCCCUCAAGAAGUGUAUUCAAGGUCAAUGCCGGUUUGGUAUACAAAUUUUAAUUGUACAGGAACAGAGUCUUCUCCGUCAGAAUGUGAUGCUAGUCCACAUGUAUCACUAGAUUGUGUACGGUCCAUUAAGAAUGCUGGUGUACUGUGUUACAAUUCUACAGGUGUAGAAAUCAAGCUUGUUGACGGAAAGAAACACUAUGGUAGAGUAGAGAUUGUUUAUGAUGGAGUUUCUGGUACAGUAUGUGAUUAUGACUGGAGCAAGUAUGAUGCCAGGGUUCUGUGUCAACAGCUUGGUUAUCCUGAUGGUACUGCCUAUAAAGGUUCUUAUCAUGGAUCAGGGACUGGAAAUGUAUACCUAUCUGGAAUGUUCUGUGACAGUACUGAGUCCAGUUUACUAGAAUGUCCCAGUCGUGGAUGGGGUAAUGUCCAGUCCUACUGUACUCAACAUAUGACUGAUGCUGGAGUCACUUGUUCAAGAAGAGUGAAUACCAGUCCAGGAGAUGAUUAUGGUGCUCUCCAGAUUUGGUCAAACAAGCUAUACACGAUGGUCUGUUCUGAUAACUUCGAUGACAAUGAUGCCACCGUGGCAUGUCGAGAUAUGGGAUAUGCCUAUGGGAAGAGCCUGUGUUGCUCAGCAUUUGGGUCACAUGAUUACCAAAUAUCAGUAACAGGUCUACAGUGCCUUGGUAAUGAACCUACCCUGAAGGACUGCAAAACUAUAGAUGGACUUAAGAGAUGUGCUAGUAAAAAAUAUGCCUCAGUUGUCUGUACUGACAAGGAACCAUCACAUAAAGGGUUUGAGCUCCGAUUUGAGAAUGGAACUUUUGGCAAACUAUGGGUAGAUUACUACAAUCAUGAGGGUUUGGUGUGUACAAAUGGUUACGACAGUAAUGAUGCAAUGGUUGCAUGUCGACAGAAAGGAUUUCUGGGAGGUUUUGGUUACAAAUAUCGCCAUGACGUAUUACCACAUGUACCUCGAUCACGGACCGACGAUAUCAGAUGGUUAAACAACCUGAAUUGUACUGGCACUGAGAGUGACUUAGAUAAAUGUGGAAACUUAGCCUGGGGUCAGAUAGACAACUGUUCUAUCAGUAGUUCUGCUGCAGCAUUCUGUUAUAAAACUAAAGAGACAGCAGGCUUUGAAUUAAGAAUAACAGGUGGAAAGUCCAAAUCAGAAGGUCUUGUAGAGGUCAAAAUCAAUGGAACAUGGGGAAGUAUUUGUGGAUGGUAUAUGACAAACAAGGUUGCCACAGUGAUAUGUCGUCAGAGAGGAUUUAUGUAUGGUGUGUAUGUUGUGAAUCAUUCCUAUGGCAACACAACUGGUCCUGUGUGGAUCAGUAGAGCCUACUGUCAUGGGAAUGAGAGCAGUAUACUAGACUGUGAGUUAGUAGGUCUAGCUGAGAAACCAGAUACAGCAUGUGCUGCACACGAGAAGGAUAUUGGUGUCAAAUGUUAUGCAAGUGUCAGACUGUCUGGACUUGGACUUGCCAAUUAUGGACAACUUCAGGUAUUUAAGAAAGAUUCUUGGUAUUCUGUUUGUGAUGAAAACUUCAAUGAUACUGAUGCUAAGGUUGCAUGUCAGUCAAUGGGAUAUACAGAUGGCAGGGCCCAGUGUUGUUCUGCCCAGGGAACAUGGCUGACUUCUCGUCCAAUAGGAAUAACUAAUGUCCAGUGUACUGGCAAGGAGAAGUUCAAUGAUUGUCCACAUGAAGAGGGUUCAUGUUCAACUAAACAUUACGUGUCUGUGGCUUGUACAGAUUCUGAUGCUACUAAAUAUUCUGUCCAUGUUACCAGGCCAAGUGGAUUAUUCUUUGGUAAUGUAGAGGUCCAGCGAUAUGGAAUCUGGGGAUCAAUCUGUGAUGUAGGAUGGGAUAAUGAUGAUGCACAAGUAGUCUGUCGUGAAUUAGGUUUCGCUGGUGGUAAUGCUACCAGGGGAACAGUACUUAGACAUGUGCCUACAUUGUUUGGGCAUGUUAACUGUUCUGGAACAGAGAAGACAUUGCAUGGGUGUCCCAUGGCAACAUUCAGAGAGGACCAUCAAUGUAAUGAUAGAUCUUCUAGGGCUGCUAUUGUUUGCUCAAAGAAAGCAGAGGGUGUGCAGUUUAGAAUUGGUGAAGAAUAUGAAGGAAGUGGUCGAGCAGAAAUAUAUCUGAAUGGGAGAUGGGGUACAGUUUGUAAUGUAUACUGGGAUGAUGUUGAUGCUGAAGUCUUCUGUAGGCAGUUAGGACCCUUUGUAGGAGGAGUUCAGGCUAAUCCUACAACUGUAGGCACUAGUGAUCAGGAUAUCUGGAUGACAAGGGUGGAGUGUAUGGGAAAUGAGACAAACUUCCUGCAGUGUGAAGCAUCAUGGUAUCCAGCUCAGACACAAAGAUGUACACAUGGCAAUGAUGCUGGAGUUGUUUGUUUCAAAUCUGUGCGUUUAAUGAGAGGGAACUAUAGAAGUAAUGGUAUGGUUGAGGUAUAUCACAAGAACAAAGGUUGGAGUACAGUCUGUGCCAGUGGAUUUGGUGAAACAGAAGCAGAUGUCGCCUGUAGGAUUCUAGGAUAUGAACAUGGAUUACCGCUAUGCUGCUCACCGUUUGGUUUUAGCUUCAUCACUCCAUUGUUUGGAAGGUUACAGUGUAAAGGAAAGGAAAAGCAUCUGACAGAUUGUCCCAGUACUGCUAUAGUCUGUACUAGUCCACAGAAUUAUGCCUCACUUGCAUGUUAUAAUGGGAUCCGUACACAAAAUUACACACUUAGACUAGCUGGAGGAUCGAGUUAUACUGGUCAAGUCAACAUUACUUACCUUGGAAUAGAGGGUCGUAUCUGUAUUGAUGGCUGGAAUGACAAGGCUUCCAGAGUUGUCUGUCAUGAGCUGGGCUAUCCUGAUGGCAUGUCAUACUUCCAUUACAAGAGUGAUAUGGAUGCUGUAGGCCCCUAUUGGACAACAAAUGUCACAUGUCAUGGUAACGAGUCUAGUAUCAACCAGUGUAGCCAUGUUGGAUUUGGGAAUGUAAAAGAAUGUAAAGGAAAGCAUUAUGCUGGGGUGCUGUGCUUUGACAGAGAAGGUGUAUACUACCGUUUAGCUGGAGGAAAUGAUAGAUCAGGUCGUGUAGAGGUGUCUGUCCAUGGAGAAUGGGGAACCAUUUGUGAUCAUUACUGGGACCAGUAUGAUGCUGACGUAUUCUGUAGACAGCUUGGGUUCAACACAGGAGAUUCUUACUAUGGUGACAAUUUACCUCCAGGUUCUGGGACACAGUGGGAUGGUAAAAUACACUGUAGUGGGAAGGAAGAAAGUCUUGAUCUUUGUCCUCAUGAAGGAUGGGUUGUUGGAAACUCCAGAUUCUGUCUGGGACAUAAAGAUGAUGCUGCUGUUAUGUGUUAUACUAAUGUUAAACUAUACAAAGGUUACACCCCAGGCAGUAGCAAUGGAGCUGUGUUAUAUUACCACAACAGGACGUGGUUACGUGUGUGUGACACAGGAUUUACAGACAUGUCAGCUAGAGUGGUGUGUGAGGAGCUAGGUUAUACAGACGGACAAGCUAUCUGUUGUUCAGCAUUUGGUAAAACCAGUGAACCCGUAUUGACAAAUUACACACUCCGAUGUACUGGUAGGGAGAAGUCUGUAACGGAAUGUUUACGUGAAGAGCAAUGUGAAAGUGACCAGUAUGCUUCUGUGAUGUGUUUUAAUGAAACAAAGAUAGCAGAUAAAGAAAAAUAUUCACUAAAGUUACAGGAUAGAAACAAAGGGCAAGUAAUUGUUACACAUCUAGGUGCUACUGGUAGGAUAUGUGGUAAAAACUGGGAUGAUGUUGAUGCUGGUGUGUUCUGUAGAGAACAGGGAUACAGACAUGGUAUAGCCUACAAACAUGAUGAACAGUCUACCUCAGAGAGUUCUAGGGGUCCUUAUUGGCUGAGUGACUUUAACUGUACAGGAGAGGAAAAGGCACUACUUGACUGUCCUCAUCAAUCUAGAAUGUCAUUAGGAAACUGUUCUGAUUCACAUAUCGCUUCAGUAUUGUGCUUUAAGGAUGAAGGAAUAAAGUAUUAUAUGAGUGAAGGUGGCUCUCAUUAUGGCAGAGUUGAGAUAUCAGUUGGUGGCAUCAAUGGCACAAUAUGUGAUGCUGGAUGGGACAAUAAAGAUGCUUCUGUAUUCUGUCGUCAGUUUGGAUUCACUGAGGGUGUGGCAUUACCUAGCGCAACUUAUGGACAGGGUCGUGGACCUAUUUGGCUAAGCCAUCUUCAGUGUAGUGGAAAUGAAAAGAAUCUUCAUCAGUGUCCACAUCGAGGAUUUAAUGAUCAGUUCUCAGAGAGUAACUGGAUUCUGUCGAUCAUAUGUGAUUCGCAUCGAGAUGAUGCUUCUGUAUUUUGUUAUAAAAAUGUUCGUCUUAAUGAAGGACAUGAUGCCAGGAUGGGAGGAGUAGAAUUCCACCGUAAUGGGGAGUGGUAUAGCAUCUGUGAUGAAGGGUUUGAUGACCAAGCUGCUAGGGUUACCUGUAGAAGUCUGGGAAAUAACUUUACUGAUGGUCUCGCCAUUAGAGGCUCAGCUUUUGGCAAGAUUAAAGGAAAGACUUUUAUCUCAGACCUGAGAUGUAUUGGAACUGAAUCUGACCUGUCUGAAUGUCAAAUGAAGUUUAAUGCCACAACUUGCACUUCAUAUGCUUCUGUAUACUGUAGUAAUACAACUAUAGAAAAGAAAGGAUUUGCACCUCGAAUAGCCUCAGACAGUUUAGCCAGUACUGUUCAUGGUAUCCUAGAGGUCAGAGUUAAUGGUGUUUGGGGGCGUGUUUGUAUGCAGGACUGGGAUGAUCGUGAUGCUAAUGUCACAUGUAAAGAGCUAGGUUAUGCUGGAGGUGUGGCUUACUUGCAUAUUAUGAAGAACAGAAAGCCAAUAUUAAUGAGAGGAGUGAAAUGUACAGGCCUGGAGAAUUCCUUAGCUGAUUGUGUUCAUUCUGCGAAGGCUGACCUAGAUUCUUGUAGCUUUAAUUCAAAUGAUGCUGGAGUAUUGUGUUACAAUUCCACAGGUAUACAGUACAGGUUACAGGGAAGUAAGAAUCCAUCUGUGGGCAGAGUAGAAAUAAGUUACGAUGGAUCCUGGGGUUCAGUCUGUUCAUGGUCAUGGAAGACUGCUGAUGCUAAAGUCAUGUGUAAACAACUCCAUUACACUGAUGGUAUAGUCAACUACAAUGUCAACAAAACUCUUACAUCAUUACCUCGUUGGAUAACAGGAUUUUUCUGUCAGGGUUCGGAAAAGACGAUGAUGACAUGUCUGAAUACAGGAUUUAAUUCUUCAUUCUUGGAUGAUCUUUGCAUGAGGAGAACAGAUGAACCAGGGGCUUACACAGAAUGUUUUAAUGAAACUGUUGAGCCAACACAAAUACGUUUGAUGAAUGGUAAAGACAAAUACUCAGGGCGUGUGGAAGUGUACGUUAAGGGACCAAAUAAAUGGGGUACAGUGUGUGAUGAUUUCUGGAAUGACCAGGCUGCCAGUGUAGUGUGUCGACAACUCAACUUUACUGGUGGGACUGUGGUUCGAGGAGGAAAGUUUGGAACAGGAUCUGGACCAAUCUGGUUUGACAAUGUGAAGUGUAAAGGGACGGAAGAAUCCCUUUAUAAGUGUGGACACAGAGGGAUAGGUACACAUAACUGUAACCACACUGAGGAUGUUGGAGUUAUAUGUAUGGCUCCAACAAUACCUACAAUAUUAGUUACAAGUACAGCUACUCCAACAACAACAACAUUAAGAUCAACAACAACAACAGUCCAAUCUACAACAACAGAAACAACUUCACAAAGUUCAACAACCAGGACAACAAGUACUCAGAAACCAACACCAUCCCCAACAACAACAAGACCAACUACUUCAACUCAACAAACUUCUACAUCAACACGAGCCACAACUACAAAACCAACAACCACCAGGACAACUAGCACAUCAACAACAACUAAAACAACGACAGUUAUUAUUCCAGUUACAACCACAAAUUCUAAUGUUACUGUGAUUCCAAGUAAACAACAAAAAUCUGAAAAUAAUUUGGGUGUAGUGAUAGCAGUGCCGAUCGUCAUAUUUGUGAUAAUUUUGAUAGCAUUACUUGUUGUCUUUAUUGUAAGGAUUAGAAGAUUCAAACGAGGUGUUCCACAUGAACGUUUCCAUGAUGAUAUUAUAGAAAACAACCAAGACAGUCUUGGUAUGAAUAAUCAACUGUAUGAUCUUAGCCUUCAGCCAACAGGCAAUGGUUAUGCAGAAGGUUCUCGUCCAUCUCAAGAUGGAGAUAAGUUAAAAUUAUCCAAAAAUGGCAAUGCAUAUUAUGCUAAAAAUGACAGUUUUAGUAGUGAAACGUCUCCGAACUCAUUCGCUAAUCCUCUAUAUGGUAAUUCUAGUAUGGAAACAAAUGUAGAACAAAAAGAAAUAGAUUUACUUAAUGACAGUUCUACGGCUUAACAGUGUAGCAUUAUAUAAGUAAUGUCAAAUAAGUGCUUGAUAUUGGUGCAGUUCUUUGACCCAAGUUAAGGAGGAUAGUACUGACAUCUUAAAAUACAUAUUUACUGUCAGGUUUUGUGGUAUGCUUUAAAGAUGGUAAAUAGUACAUGUGAAUGACAAGAAAAGUAUGCAAGGUUAUAUACACUAUUAACAUUGUAAGUUCCCACUUCAUCAAAAAUGAUUCAUGGUGUUUAAGUAUUCGAUUUUUAUAUUUGUAAAAUAAGUUACAUAAGAUUUUUUUGAUCUGGUAUUUAUGGAAUAUAUAGAAAGUAUACAAAGUUCAAAUUGUAAAACUGUUUACACUGAUAAUUUCUCUUUUAAAAACAGUGGACACAGUGUCUGUGAUGCUAUAAAAGUUUUCCAAAUUGUUGAAUUUUUUUAUAUAUACCUUUAACAUGUAUAAGAAAAAUAAAUACAUUGGGCCAUAAAAAAUCAUCAUGAGCUCACUUGACAUGUUGAACAGCACAUAUUUAUGUUAUGCAUUUAUUGGAGUUAAUUUUUCUGGCAAUGAUACAGAUUGAAAACAUAUCCCUCCUCAAAGGCUUAACUAAUCUUGUAUUCCAUCAUAUUUUAUGAAGGUUAAACCUUUUUUUUACUGUGUAUUUAUUGUAGCUUCAGGAUUAAACAACAAAAUGUUUCAAAUCACACAAACAUAUAAUAAAAAUAUGUGUUAUUCUUUUGGAUUGUACCAUUUGCAUGUAAAUUAAUACUGAAUGAGAAUAUUAGAUUUCCUUUCCAACAAAUUGAUUCUAUUCUACCUUUUUUAAGCAGAUUCCCAUUAUUUUCAGUUUUCAGAAUUUGGAAAUUUUCUUCAUUAUACAUGUACAUUGUGAUUAGCUUUGGUACAAGCAUUUUUAAUUUUUAAUUUUGUGGGCAAAAUUACCCCAAGUUUAAAAAGCCUAAAAUUGAAUUCUCUGAAUGCAGAUUUGUAUUUUCUUGCAUGAUUUACACGACUUAAAAGUGCUAAAACAACUUUAUUUAUUUUAUUUUAUCUGAUGCAUUUUUUCAAAUCUUUAAUUUGAUUCUUCUGAGUGAAUCUUCUCAAAUUCUUGUUAUAGAUCAUUGUAAGAAUGUAUGAAAUAUUAUAAAUAAUCUGAGUGUUAUAUCCUUAUGUUAAUGAUCGUCAAGCAUUGCCAAAACGAGUUAUCUAUGUGAUAAUUAUUUUGCUUUGCCAAAAUAUAUCUGUUCAUAAUGUCAUCGUUUUUUUUUAAACCAUAUUUGAUCAUAUAUUAUUUAUAUUUAAAUGUUAUUAUUUCUGAUUUGUGUAAUAAGUUUGAAUAUUCUUUUAGUGAAAUUAUUAUUACAAUUAUCAAUCAUCAAGAAUAUUUUUUUACAUAAAAUGUAUUAAGUUGAAUAAUAUUCUACAUAUUAAUUUUAAUGUUGUCAAGUGUAAGAUUGAUUGAAUGAAAAGUGAGAUCAUGAUUAGUGUAAAAACUAAACAUGUUUGAAGCAGUGCAAAUAAUUUAAGGUCAACAUGAUUUUUAGUUCAGGAAUAAUACAUGUUUUAAUUUGUAGUGAAACAAAGAAAACUUGGAUAAAUCAUUUAAAAAGUGGUUUUCUUAUGGUGAAGAGAGCAUAAUGUAAGAUUUAAGAUAUAAUAAAGAUUAAACAUGCUUUAAAAGGAACACAAUAUCUAAAGUGUGCAAAAAACGUUUUGUUUAUAAAUGGUAGAUGAAUGUGGGAUCUUCAUUUAAAAGAGAAAAUUUGAUUGUCCUUCUCAAUACCAAAUAAGUGUCAUUUAAAGCCAGCAUUUCACACAAGUUCCAAGAGAAGUUUUGAAAGCCCUUUCUAUAUUUGUUACUCUUAUAUAUUAAACGGUUAGUUGGUGCUAUUUUUUAUUUUUUCUUUCUAGUUUAUAGGCAUGAUAGGUUCAGCAUCUUUUUGAAAAUCUUGAAAAAUACAUUGUUGGGAUAUUUGAUUUUUUAAAAGUAUUCAAGUGGAUAUGGUUAAGCUGAGUACCAUCUAAAAGUUUUGAAUACUUGCACAGGGUUUGAUUUCAUAAUAGUCCAUUAGUUUUGUUGGAAAGGACUUUGUAUUUUUACCUUUAGUAGUCCUGCUGACUACUUAGGUCUUUUAAAACAUAUGUUCUGUUUUAUUACAAAAAAAGAUAAAAAGUUUGGAAUAAGACUUCAAAUUAAAUCCUACUUAAGAUUGAAUGUACAUGAAUAUGAUUAUACGAUUCACUAUGAAUAAUUGCCUCUUCCAAAGAAAACAGUUGUAAUUUGUCAUAAAAAUUAAACGCCUUAGAAGUAGGGCAUUUAUUUUAAUGUUAUUGUGACUACAUAAUAGAAGAUUUCUGCAUAAUGACUACCAGAAGUUUUAUUAAGAGCAAAUCUCUUCUGUUACUAUAUAUAGAAAGCAUAUAAAGGUUAUUUGAUGAUUAGUUUUGUACUGUGUUAUAAUGUUGGGUGUGUUUUUUAAAACAAUUAGUACAUCACAAGUAUGGUUGUGUGGUAUGUUAUUGUAUCUCAUUGAUGAAUGAUUUAACUAGUGAUUAAUAUGUUGAUAUUUUUAUGAAAUCAUUAUAUCAUAUUAUAGUCAUGUGAUAAACAUUAAAUCUGUCUCAUAAUA